AUGCUUCUAGGUGAGCAAGAACAAUUCCUGUCCUACAAUGGCGAAGUCCUUGUAUUCCAGCUGUCAAAGCCAAACCACAUGGAGGGACCAGCUGAUAACACAGCUAAUUUGUGUGUCAGAAGAAUGGUGUUCAACAGAGACACUAAGCUGUUUGUUCAGAAGUCCUCUGGAGCGUUCAGCAUGCGAGCCAGUCACUUGAAAACUGAAAUGGUUUGUUGUGGCUGCACAACGGAUUCCAGAACAGGGAUUAUUCUUCCCUGCGUUUUGCUGAAAAAGAAAAAAUGGAACAAUGUCAAGUACCUUUUAUUGUUGCUUCAUAGCUCAAAUCAAUUUGAGCAGUCCUUUCAUUUUAAAUUGGAUUAUGAGCUGAAGGAAGACAUCAGGUUGUUUGCUGGCCCGUCAGUGCUGUGGAGACAUGCCAACAAGCUGUUCUACAUCUCUUCCAACACCAGCGUGGUUCAAAGUGCUCCUGUUCAGCUUUCUUCUGUUGUGUGGACAGGUGAAAUUGCAGAUGAAGGCACUGUUGUUUUAGGCAUAAGAACUGCUUGCCUGCCAGAGAGUGAAGAUGCAGAUAAGUUUUCUCUUUCAGACAGAGCCACCUGGGGUACUGAGUUCUUUGGAUACACAAUUGAAACACAAAAAGUGCUCCCUGGCACGUGCUUCAUGCCCAAUGCUUACAGCAGAGUGGUAUCUUCUGUCUACGUCUGCAAGAAUGAGAGACUGAAAAAACAGCUUCAAAUAUCACUUGUUGCCAUAACACGAAAGAACCAAAUUAUUUGGUUCCAAAAUGGUCUCCCCAAAGGUGUUUGUGAGCUUCCUUAUGAGAAACCAUGUUCAGUAAAAACAGCUCUAACCAGUGGCAAUGAUUUGCUGUUUAUUGUGUCUUUUGCUUCUGAAAAUAGCUGUGUGGUACAGAGGAGAGACAGCUUACAGGUGGCUUCUAAAUGGCAAAAAGUGAAGUCUGUUCUGGUGGAUGAUUUUAUUGGCUCUGGAUGUGAACAACUGUUACUGCUUUUUAAGGAUGACUCCAAUACAGACGUGUUAAGUACAUUCAAAAUUACAGAUCUUGGAGGGGUCAACUAUACAAGUGGUAUUAAUUAUAAGCAUGAUGUUCCUGCUGCAGAAGGAUUGCAAGAGAAUGGUUUGCUUACUGUCAAAGCUUUGGAAAAAAGAUUACAGGCAGGUCACACCUCUGUUCGAGAGCUGCUCCAGCAUUUAAGACUCAAAAAGAAGGUUAUUCUUGAAUCUUGCAGAGCAUUAAUAGAUCUUGUUGAAGAAAGAACCCAUAUUCUACCAAAUGCAAGACAGGAAGGUCUUGUCUCUCUCUGGGAUGAUGUAGAGAAUCCUCCACCUUCUCUUAGUAAAGAGACAUCAUUGGCAUCUAAUGUCCCUGAGCACUUCACAGAGAAAUUGUGGCAUCGAGUUGUGGGUGACAGCUUGGUAGUUGGAAUAAAACUAACUGAAUCAUCUUACUUGUCACUGAGUGAUGUCAGUUUAUCUUUAGUGAGGGAUCAAGACUUGUCUUCGAUUUCUCCAAUUAUCAAGUGUCAAAACAAAAUCAUUAAGCUGAACAAAGCUUUCUCAGCAUUGACUGUCUCCUCGUGUCAAAUUGAGCCUCCUCCAAAAAAGUUGAAAUUGGACUUACACAGCAAGGGAGAUCUGAAAAAAGAGUUUCCUAAGGGAUCUUCAAGGGUCCAGCAGAACAGAGCAAAGACAGUCAUUGCUGUUACCAGCCUUUCACCCUUACUGGCAUUCCAUCAUGUGUGCUGCAUGGUUGUCCUACAUGCAAGGAAGGAAAAGCAUCAGAAUGAUUGUUUGCAGGAGAGCAAAAAGAUUACUCUACUCUGUGGGAAAAUUUUAUUAAGUCUGGAAGAUAUUUCAAAUGGAAAAUAUUCAGUAAAGAUGCUAAGGGAUAAUAGUUUCUGUACAGGUUCCAUGGAAGAUAUACUUGCUGUCCUUGCAGUAUCUGUGAAAUUCUCCUUUCAGAUUGUGUCUUCUGACUGCACAUUGACUCCAUUAAACUCCUGGUUGCUAGGAGCAAUGGAGUGCACACCAUUCAAGGAAUGCCAUGACCAUGUGUUCUGUCAUAAAGCAGGAAAUGUGUAUGGUACAAUUUUUAACUGGACCCUGAAAAGUCCAUUUGAAGGAGUUCUAAUAAUAUAUUGCAGGAAUCUGACUGUCUUGUUCCAGUGCCUUCACAGUCUUACUAGAAUUCUCCCACCAGGCUGUGGUAUAAAAUUCCUGAGAUCUGCAAGCAAAGCUGCACUUACUGAACAGUUAGCACUGGCUCUGGAAAAAGAGAUGCUCAUCUCGAAGAGUUCUUUUUUCUCAAAACAAACUAAAGCUGAAAACAGUUUGACAUGGGGGAAUAAGCCUGACAAGAAAAUCAAUGAUGCUGCUGUGGCUUCUUUACUGGACACUGAGGAAGGAGUUCAGCAAUUCAGAAAGAAGCUUCAGAAGGAGCGAGAAGAGAGUGUGCUGAGUAUGAAUCAAACAAUGAAUGGUGCCCAGUACCAGAAAAUUGCUUUGAAGAUAGCAGAAGCUCAGCUCAGUUCAGAUAUGACUGUGUGGAGACUGAGCAAGUCCUAG